AUGGACAACGAGGUCCCUCUUCCCCCACCGCGGCGCAUCCAGCAGCGCUCGCCAGCAACGCACGGCGCGAGCACAGGCCCAGGGACAAGAACAAGCGCAUCGUCCUUGCGCAAGUCGCGUCGCCUAUCGCGGUUCGACGACCGCUCCAGCCAGCCAUCAAGCGACCCGGCUUUGUUUUCCAGCGACGAUAUCCCAGCCUCCGGGUUGGAGAACUACCAUGCGCCUGUGACGGCCGGCAACAGCGGGAGCAGGAAACGACGGUAUCGCGGGACCUGGUGGGGAGAACAGGCGGUGGACCCUAACAAGCGCAAGAGAGCCGAGUUUAAGGAGAAGCGCUAUGUUGAUAGUGGUGUGUGGAUGGGCAGUGAUGAGUCUUCGGUUGCGGAGUCGCUUUUGCUUUCUUCGGAAGGGGAUGCACCGGGCUGUUGGGGCGAGGAUUUGUUGAAAACAGCACUGGAGUCCAGGUUUAAUGGCAGGAACCAGACUCAGACUCAGCUGAGAGGUGAUGGCCCGCUGCAGAUGCGCGCUGCGAAUACUGCGGCGGUUGCUUUUAAAGGACCUGAGGAGUCGGCGGAGCAUCGCUAUGCGAGGGAGGUGGUCAAUGAUUGUUUGGAGAAGGGAAAUGAUAGUGUCGACCUAGGGAACCUCCAUAUGAGGAGUAUACCAUCCGGUCUGCUACGCCCUCUGCAGCAUCUGACCAAGCUUCCCUCUGUGAACGAAGCCCCGAUAUCCGAGAACGUGUUCACGUCCCUGCAGCCUUUUCUACGCAUUUUCCUAUCCAACAAUUCCCUCCUAGAGCUGCACCCUGAGCUCUUUGAGCUAAACAACCUGAAGGUCCUCAGUGUGCGCAAUAACAAGCUUUCCGAGAUUCCGCCGACAAUCUCGAGACUCACAGCGCUGCAAGACCUUAACGUCUCCGUUAACCGGCUAAGCCAUCUCCCCUGGGAACUCCUGUGGCUGGUUCGUCAAGGAGAAUUGAAGCAUCUGAUCGUGCGGCCCAAUUCCUUUAUUUCCAUUGAGGAGGCGCAGAUUGCAGAAUGGCAUUCUCGCUCCGAGGGCGAAGAACAUGACGAUGAAGAGCCUCACGAUCCACUUCAGCUCCGCAAGUACAACGAGGGAGAUACACCCGUCGAGGCAUGGGCGCCCAUCCACGUCGCCACGGGGCCGACAAUCCAAUUAAACAUGGAAGGCAAGCCUAUGCCAGAUCGUUCGAUCAUCACACCAGAAACAACAACAAACUCCCCCUCCCUCCGCGAGGUCGCCCUCCGCGCCGUAGCCAAGCUCCCAGCCCUCGACCAAGUCUCCCCCUCCGAGCUAGCCGAGUAUCCCGCCUUAGUGAUCCCCUUACUGCAGCGCGCGAAAGAAGUCCGCGCGACCGGCGGCCGGGUGUGCUCCGUGUGCAAGGGGAACUUUGUCAUUCCUCGCUCAGAGUGGGUAGAAUGGUGGGAUUGCACGCCCCAUGAGAACGGGCUGAAGAGGCCUCGAGCUUCGGCGGAAAUGAUGCGCCCGCUGCCGUUUCGGCGGGUUGGCUGUUCUUGGGCCUGUGUGCCGGGUGGUGGGCGGCGUGGGUAG